AUGAAAAUGUUCACAAUCAUGACGAGUAGUAAACCAGUCCCAGUUGCAAAUGCAACUAACCAAUUGGUCCCGGAUCACUCCAAGUCCGAGACUAAUGAUGAUCACCACCACCACCAACACCAUCACCCCAAUCACCACCACGAACACCACGAACACCACCACGAACACCAACACCCCAAUCACCACCACCAACACCCCAAUCACCACCACCACCACCACCAAGACCAAAACCACCAUGUGAACAACGAGAUACAAAAUGAGAAAGUUUUCGAGCAACACAUCACCUCGAAUUCGAAAACUGAGAUGUUUGAAGUUCAUGUUGAUGAAUCUGUCCCAAUGGAAGCAAAAGAGGAUAGAUCUAGCCAAGUAGUUGACAAGUCCGUGCCUGAGUAUGCAGACCUGGUUGAAAUUGGACGUCAGAAGGAGGACAAUAGUCAGGUCGACCCUUUGGUUAGAGAGUUAGAUGAGCUAUUUGCUUAUUUUGAAGCAGAAGCCGGGUGGAGCGGCCGUGUACCUAACNUUGAAAUUGGACGUCAGAAGGAAGACAAUAGUCAGGUCGACCCUUUGGUUAGAGAAUUAGAUGAGCUACUUGCUUAUUUUGAAGCAGAAGCCGGGUGGAGCGGUCGGGUACCUGACGAAGCCGAUCUCAACGCAGUUGAAGUAGAUGAAGACGACACUCCUAUCGCGCCAUUGAGAAUCAAGAAGCACAAGCCAGUUGCACCAGUUGCAGCGAUUGAAAAGGGCGGUCCGAUUGCGCCAUCGGAGCUAACUGACAGUGCAGCAUUUGAAGCUAUUUCUGAAGCGCCAUUGAGUGUGGCGAGGAGUCCAGUGCAUAAGAUUNCGCCAUCGGAGCUAACUGACAGUGCAGCAUUUGAAGCUAUUUCUGAAGCGCCAUUGAGUGUGGCGAGGAGUCCAGUGCAUAAGAUUGUUGAGUUGGCUGUGCCGGAAGUAACCGAUUCUGUCGAUGUUGAACAGGAAAAAAAAAGGGGAUUAGCUUCUGCGGCUUUAGAUUUAUGUCACUCCGGCACAAAUAGAUCAUGUGAAACAAACUGGGUGUAUUAUGUUUUUGCUAGUGGCAGAGUACUGUCGUUAACUCCAUGA